GCUGCAGGUCAGCAUGUCUGCGGAGCACCAGGAGUUCUUCACGUUCCUGCAGCGGUUGCUGAGCCCGGUCCUGGAGGCGUACAGCGGGGCCGCGAUCUUCGUGCACGGCCUCCACCGCCCCGUGGCCGAGAGCGAGUACACGCAGCAGCUGUUCAGAUACCUGCUGACCCGCACGGAGAAGAAGGUGGCCGUGUUCGGGGAAAGUGCGACACACUACCUCGUGAAGAACACAAUAAGAACCUUCAAGGAACUGGGGGUCCUGAAAGAGAGCCGCGAGAAGAAAGUCACGCUGCUGGAGGUCAGCAGCACCUUCCUACCUCAAGCAAACAGAACAAAGCUCCUUCAGUACAUCCUGGGUUUCAGCCUCUUGUAAAGCGUGACACACACACACACACACACACAUGCAAAUAUGCGCACAUGCAAGUACACAAACACACAGAUACUCUGCAAAAAGGGCUUUUGCUGGCUAGUUAAAAAAGGUGCUAUUCUAUGGCAAAGCUUUACCAGGAAGUGCCUUCAUAACAUGAACUUACGGGAUAAUAGGCUUCUCUUCAGUCUUCCUCCGGAUUAGACAUUUAACACGUGACGUGCAGCUAAUCGCUCAGAGCAGUGCUUGUGCACCACCCGUAAUCCCUGAAUGUACAUUUGAGCGUUUUCGCCAGUGAAAGCCCUAGCUUUUAAUCACUUUUUUUGUUUUAACCAUGAGAAUGGGGUUUUAUUCAUCUCCGCUGUUUGUCCUCGCUCAAUAGGGCACGAAUGUCAUGCUUGGCACCCAGCAGGUUUCCUUCGCUGUGUCAAAAAAGUGAGGUGAGACCGAACAUACACCACCGUCGGGAGAUGAUCGUGACGGUUACGAAUGGUGAUAAUGAACGGCGAUUAUCAAGGGCAUUUUAUUCUGUUUGCUUUUGAAGCAUGUGUCUAGGGGAGUAAAACAAAGUGCUUAAGGCUUAAGGAUUUCCAGUAUCGUGGAAACUCCAGGAACUGUAAGGCAGACGCUAAAUUUGAGGUCAUCUCACUCUCUGAGACGCUACAUUGUGUCUUGUGAGAGACUAGCUUUGCUUUCUGAGAAUUAGACAAAGAGUUCUAGAUAUUGUACUUGCCCAAGUGGUAUUAGAUUCAGUUUGUGGCUGGGAUAUUAAUGUGGUGACAUCAGCUGCAGAGCAAAUAUGGUAUUCUCAGUGAUCUGUAGAAUUGUCCAUUGAAGAAAACAUUUGAGUUUGACUGCGCUAUCCCAUUAUUUCUACCCGUCUGUCGAGUGAUGUCAUUAUAGUUAACACCCAAAUAAUGCAUUACAUUCAGUCAACCUUGCCACAGUGUUACAUAAACAAUGUGUGUUGUUUGGGUGUACUUUCUAUCAGUGGUACAGCAGUACAAAAACAAUGUGAGUUUGUUAUAUGGUGGUGCAUUCUGUCAAUGUUGCUACAAUGUUACCUAAACAAUGUAAGUGUGCAGAUCAGAUUUAUAUUCUGUCAGCUUUGCUACAAUGCUAUGUAACCACCCAAACAGUUGUACAAUGCCGUUGGGUGUGACCUGUUAGCAUUUCUCAGCAAGUGCAAAAUGUGUAGGUUUCCAUUGAACAGUCAAUGUUGUGGUUCCUUUGUAUGUUUGAGAAGAGCGUGUUAGCAGCGUUGGGAUUUCUUUUCCAGUUUAAAAUGUGUCAGAGUAGCCUUACUGCACUUCACUGUUGCAUUAAACAUUCUUUAGCUCCUGAAGAUGGAUGGAAUCCCUGAGAAAAGUCAAAACUUAACCCACAGCUUUCUGUCUUUCCAUUUUGCACUGUAUACUACGAGUUAAGUGUAGUACUCUUUGAUUGGUUGAAGUGUGAAAGGGAAGACUACAGGAGAGCUACACCCAUAAGGCGGACUGAAGCAAGUCAUUUGAUAAACUUGGCAUAGCCUCGUGUUGCUUAAGGUGGGCUAAAACUCCCAUGAAUGUGAAGUUUGAAGAUGCACAUUGUCCACAUAAGUACAACUUGUAGGAGGGCAUCAGCGCCACACAGUGAGGAGCCAGGUGGUCAAAAUUUUAAAGCGUGGCCCCCUUUUCGUGUCCAAAAAAAAAAAGUUGUGUUAUAUUUUGUAACAUUGCUGUUGCAAUUUCGUUUCAGUUAUCACCACAACCGUGUAAGCUAUGAUAAACCUAGGUUACCCUCAGCUAACCCUAACUUGAAAAUAGGUAGUAAAUCAUUAGAAUAAUUGGAUUGGAUGAAGUGUACAUUUGAAUGUCGUAGAUGUGCCUGUGUAGUCAUUAGUGAUCUGUGAAAAUACUAUUUUUUUCCCCUUACAUCUAUUUCACUAAAUUAUGUCAGUAAAGGUUUGAGGCAACAUGGAAACUUGCAGUUCCAAUAACGAUAAUUGUUAUGCAUAAUGAUAAUAAUGAAAAUUAUUACACAUAAUAUGUUUAACCACAUGUUGACUCUCGGUUGCAAAAAGAGAUGUGAAAAUAGAUUUUUUUUUUCCCCCCUGUUUCCCAGCUUGCUUCAGUAGGAAGGCUGUGAUAGGCUUUUGGUUGGUUUAAUGUUUGAUUUUUUUUUUUUUUUAAACACAAUAAACUGUAGGAAUACAAUGCCCAUAGGAUCCUGCAGGAAAAAAAAAAGAUUGUGAUUGAGUGAGGUUUGUCCUAUGACAUAUGCCUGCAAUUAUGUUUAGUACUGUGAAAUCCAUUAAAUAUUCAAAAAGAGUUUUCAGUACUGAUGUCCUUCGUUGACAAUAGCCCGCAUUUACAAAGGACUUACUUUGUCAUUGAAGUGGACCUGAUUGGAAGUCACUAAAAUCUGGACCUCACAACAGUGAUUCCUUGUGCACAAUACCCAAUAAGCCCCCACCUGGGUUACAAACAUGUUUGUGUUUGUAAAACAGGAACCCAUUCGUCCAUCUUUUACCCUUAGAUAGAAGAGUAGGUUUUUGGAAUGCUUUCUGCAGAAUUAUAAAACAGUGUUCUAGAACUCCAUUGCAUUCAGUAACUACUAACAGUUGUUACAUCAGCUAUAGAAUGUUUUUGAUCUCACACCUUAGAAUUUACACCAAGCCAUAGUGCAACAAAAACUAUAAACUCGUUAGCUUUCGCCACUUGGUCUUGUCCCUGAAGAUGUUGUGCGAGUAAGUCCAUUAGGUUUCCAAAGGCUACCAAUUUAGUUCCACUGCACCAAGUGCCCAAAUGCUACCUGUUGUCACCAGUGAGAGCCACGCUAAUCCUCUAGUUGGAGGUAGUGCAUGGAGUACACCUGUAGUGUGUGGCAAAAUCUUUGGCUUGUGCGUUUGAGGAGAGCAAAAGCUUCAACCGCAGUUGUUCUUGCUAGGGGUACAGGUGACCGCACAAGGUCGGGGGGCACAACUGGAAAUUGAUUACAGAUUGAAACUGGGAGUAACGUUGGUCUGUGUGGGAGGGUUUCUGAUAAUUGGUAUGCCUGGAGAGCAUGAGCUUACCAUAGCAAUGUGUUAUCCCAUACUCGCAUUGUUGUCUAAGGGAAGGGUUGGUUUUGGUUUGAUGAAUGGUACUCAAGGUGCUGAUGCUAUGCAACCUAUAUCCGUCACGCAAAUCAUCUCUGUGAACUAAUCCAUCUUAUCUCAGCAAAAUGAGUGUGCGCCUCCUCUUGACUUCUAGCAUAGUCUGCUGUUAACGUAUGGAACUGUUGUGUGGAUCCUGGGUGUAUGCUAGGUAGAGACCGGAUAGAUGACCAGUUGCGGUUUCUAGUCCUCCACAAACAGCCGUUGUUUCUGCUGUCCCGUUCACUGCAGUACCGAAUGCCACUGAAUCUAUUAAACUCGGGUUUGGGACAUUAUCAGGGUUAAACUAACCACACCAGUUCCAGGAAGAAGAGGGCAGAGGAACUCCCGUGCAUUUAAUU